CCUCGGAGGCGUUAGCGGCGCCAGUUAAAAGGGGCAGACGCGUUGCGACACUGGCGUUAUAUACACACCCGUUCGAAAGUUCCGUCCAGAGCUCGAAGGAUGACCAGCGUCCAGCGAAGCCUCUGGUGUCUUGUCUUGCUUUCGCUGUUGACGCUGUUCGCUAGCAGACAUGGUAUUGUCGCCGACGUAAACAGAUCCUUUGACAUCUCAUCGUUGUGCACGGGAGAACGACAGUACCCCUUGUACAGGACGAUUGAUGGUGCCGUGCUGACAUCUGAAGGCGAGAGCAACCUCGACUGCGCCAUCACCUUCCAGACUGACUCCAUCUUAAAGCGCUUCGUGCUUCGCUUUGAAACGUUGUCCUUGGACUGCCAUGACCAUAUAGCCAUUUUCGAUGGUGCUCAUGCUACAGGACUUAGCAAGGCAAAUCUGUCUUGUGGAAGCUCCCCCGCUGAUGUGGGAGAAAUCUCCAUACAAGGAAACUUUGGGACUCUCAAGUACACCACAGACAACGAGAGUCCUCAAGGGAGUGGCUUCAAGCUCGUGAUCACGGCCUACAGGAACCGAUUUACAGAUCAGAUGCCCGACCUGAAGUGCCAGGAUUUUCAGUGUAACAACACUCUGUGCAUCUCAAGUAACUUGACGUGCGAUGGUGUCAAUCACUGCGGAGACAACAGCGACGAGACGAGCCACGCUUCGUGCUCACACUAGGAUGCCUAUUGCGAUAUUGAGGCAGGGCGUCUCAACCAUUGCCCUCCUGUUUUUCUUCUCUCUCUCUCUCUCUCUCUUGGCCAUCACCCAGAACACGUUCUGGUUGACCUCCCGUCCUUCCCUUCGUCAUUCCCGCCCUCUCUUCCGUGGAGGCGACAAUUCUACAUUCUGAAGUCAGUUCAACUGCAGGCUGAACACGUACCAUGUAAACAUUUUUGAAUGCGAGUCGUUCAAGACGAGCAUUCGCUUAGGACGAGUUUUACGGUGCGAACAGCGAGCGACGUUCUUGUUUCUUGCACAGCAAUGCCGCAUCGCCUCACCGAAUUCCGGAUUUGAAGUAAAAUCUGCAAACCCGUACGAAAAGGGUGGUUCUGCAGUUAGGGUUCAUGGCUGAUAUGACACGAGAGCAUAGUAGGUUUAGUGGAAAAUGGUUUCAAAUGCAGCCAAUUAAGGUUCAAGAAUAACGAGAAAAGUAACCACCCUAUUAGAGCUGCCUGCACUGGUAUGAGGUGAAAUAUCCCGAAUAUACAUGGGUAGAUAUUGAGCUCCCACAGAGUAAGAAAUAAUAAUAAUAAUAAUAAUAAUAAUAAUAAUAAUAAUAAUAAUAAUAAUAAUAAUAAUAAUAAUAAUAAUAAUAAUAAUAAUAGAAAAUAAAAGAAAUUAAUGGUGCGUAGCUCAUAGACGCAUUCCGUGUUCGUGCCACAAAAGACAAGCUUUCAAGCAUUAGAGGGUCGCCUCGAAUCUUUGUGAAUACGAACCCAGAGUAACAAAACAGUUCUCGUGUCGUGCUGCUCCGUAAUGUGUGCACAUAUCAUUACUUGCUCGACAAAAAAAAAA